AUCCUAAUUGGAUAGGUGAAGCUGUUGUUAUUGUCUAUAUAAUCCAAUAAUACUUGAAUAAAGAAAUAAUGUCCCAAUUAAAAAUAAUUUCCAAAUUUGAAUUGAUUUCCAAAUGUAAAUAAUGUCUCAGCAUAAAUGAUUUCCAAUUGUAAAUGAUUGCCAAUUGUAAAUGAUUGCCAAUUGUAAAUGAAUGAAAAUUAAGUCAUGAACAUGAGUUAUUUCCAGCCAUUUCCUAGGGGCCAAUUAUUUCCGCCACUCAUACUUUCACGCUAUGGUAGUUAUAGGAAGAAAACCCGGCUCUUAUAACAGCUGCACAGUGCCGAUUAAGCCCCUGUAAUCAAUAACACGGUGCCAUGUGUUUGCGACAGCUAGCCACGUGGCUUUCCUCAGGCUGUCAGAUGCCUAACGAGAACAUCGGAGCCUUACGAAAAGGUUUCCGAGACUUUCAGCUGGUAGAUAUCCCUUAUUAGGCUUACGACCUAUCUGAGUGCCUACCCAGGUGGCUAGUACAUAUUGAAAUACACUCCUACCUAUACUAGCUAGGCUAUAGCCAUGUCCCAACAGCUAGAGCCAGGUGAAACGACCUAUACUGUAAAUCGAAUAAAAGAGAUCCUCAACAAAGAGCUGUAUAAUGCAUAUGAUGAUGAUCAAGCUGAAAAUGGCAUACCCGUCGAGUUCUAUGUUGAGCGAUCUGAGAUAAAUACGCACUAUGCAAUACACGACAUCAAAGCAGCUCAACUUAAAGCAGCAACGAAAAGGUGCCGAGAAUACUGCGAUGUCAUAUCCAGCGUCCCUCCAGCUGAACAACUUGCGAGUCUCGAUCAUGCCUACAGCAAACUUAUCGAGUGCAAUUUUCAGCCCCGUGGUCUUGAUACUGUUAUCGACAGGACUUGCCGUAGACUAACGAGGCUCCCGGUAAUCCCUCCUGCGUUCGGGAACCGCUGUACAGAUGAGAAUAUUUCUAAACUGGAUGAGAACUAUUUCAUACAUGGUUCACAGAGAAAGUGGGAUAACCUCGAAGUUGUUCGCUAUGUAGACACAAACGUGAUAAGGCUCGCGCUUCAAAUUGAACUGGCUGACGGCUGGUGGGUUGGUAUUUUCCGUCUCUUCGUCAACACCAUAUCAUCUCUUCUCACCGCGGCGCUUGAGCUACAAUCCUCGGUUGAUCCAGCUCACGCGUUUAUUCUGCAAGCUUUCCUAUGGACCUCUUGGCAGAGGGCAGUAAUUCUAUUGUUCUCCGUCACUCUCGAAGCUCAGAUAAGGAUAGGGUAUGACUCCGAGCGAAACCGACACCUUUCCGUGGACAUAGUUCCCUCUAUUCUGAAAGAACUGCGCACUGGGCCGGACAGGCCAGAGAUACCUGGAUACAUGUGCAAAUGGGCGUUCGAGUUCCUCCGCUCCGACCGCGCAGCCGUAGCACUCGAUUUUCGAGCAUUUCUUGAACGUUACCGCGAUGUUUUCGGACACUUGCCUCCCCGGUGCGUCAUGUCUGCGGGUGGUCGCACACUGCAAUGUGAAGGGAGCUCCCCGCACACCUGUAUGAGAUUCAAGGGCAUGAAAAUCGAAGACCAGUCGGCCCACACAAGUUCGUGCAGCGGAGCCGGGCAAUGCAGAAAGCUCUUCUGGAAUGAGCAGUCAUACCGGGGACAAAGCGGCGCCCGGGCGGUCAACAUCAACGAUUGUGAUCAUGAUCAACUUAACUACUGCAUAGCUUCGGGGUCGACAAUGACGAUCAGCCAUGUAUGGAGCCACGGACAAGGCGGCCGACCUGAAAUCCCCGAACAGCACGGCACCGGGCUCAACAGUUGCCUGCACGAACGCUAUGCUAAGAUUGCGCGGCAUUUUGGAUGCGAUUCCUACUGGAUGGACACGCCGUGCAUACCACAAGACCACCAGCUAAGACGAGAAGCUAUUGAGAACAUAAACAGCGUCUUUGCUACCAGCAAACUGACUCUUGUUUGCGAUAAAGAUCUCAUGCAGAUUGACGUGAGCAACCGGACGACUAAGCUAUCCGAAUCUCUGCUUUCCGUCCUGUUAGUCUGCGAUUGGAACAUGCGCGCCUGGACGUUUUUAGAAGCGAAUCGCGGCCGCAAUGGCAUUCACCUUUUGUGCAAGGACGAUCAAGUCGUGCCGCUAAAGGAGGUGCUCGACGAUGUUAGUCGGAAUGGGAAUCUGACUGUUGCAACCCUCCUGCUCACAGCGCAGCAUCUGAUGCCCGCCCAGGGCAUUCCUAAGGGUGGCACGCCAAGCGAGGCGCUGAACGACCGCGCACGCGGCUUCGUGUCCAUCCAUGAAGCGUCCUGUCUUCUGAGCCAUCGCCAUGCCUCGCGUGAGAACGACGAAGUCAUUAUCUGGAGUUUACUCUGCAGGGAGGAUGUCAAAGAGACUGCUGCCGACCUUUGGAGAAGCAUGAUCGGUCGUGUGAUCCCUACCGGGUACCUGAUGUCCAACCAUCCCCGGAUCGGCUAUGAAGUCGGAGGCCAUAAGGGGCUCGGCUGGGCACCUCGGCGGCCGGACAUGCCCGACGACAGCAAUAGUAGCGGUAAAAGGGGCAAAGUCUUCUUUGCCGAUGACGGCUCCAACAGUGCCUUUGGUCGCGUCAUGUCGGGGGGGUUUCGUGCAAAGUGGCUCGUCUAUGAGUUUGGCACGGAUCUACGACUAUGCUCAAUACUACUAAAGGCAUUAUGGGCAUUGUCAUGGGCACAGUUUCGUACUAACUAUGAACUUAGACGCAUUGCGACCAAGUUCCUGGCAAACUACCGCUGGGGCGCCCUACUUCAGGCGGGGAAAGAUCCUUCGGUAGAUGUGCCUGUGCAAUAUCGCGGCGACUCGGACGGCACUUUGGUCGCGGUAAUUGGGUCGAAUGAUAAGGAAGAAUGGCACUGGUUGCACGUAUACGAAUGGAAAGUAUCUAUAUCGCUUCCAGCUUUCCGCCGGAAGGAAAUUUUACUGAUAUGAUAACACGGUAAUGAGGAAAUAGUUGGCUAGAAGAGUUAUGUAGUAGAUUCAGUCAAUAGUUGAUGCCAUGAAUUUGUUCUGCCUCC